AAAAAAGGAGAGAUGAGAUAGAAUAUAGAUAAAACAAGCACAAGCUCAUAAAAAAAUUAGAAAAAUAGGUAUAAGAAGAAUAAGAGAAGAAAUUCUGUGCAUUUACCGAAUAUUUGAAUAGAAUCGUAAAUUAUUUACACAUAUUUUGGUUAUUGAUUUAUUUAUCGUUGUGUUAACUAGGUUGUUCAUUGCGAAUCCAUUUAUAUUAUCUGAAAUUUCGUUGUUUUGAGUACGGGUCACACAGAGUGAGAGAUGAGUGAAGAAACCAAAUUAGAAGCGCCAGCGGCAAAAAAGCAAAGACUGAAUGAAGGUGAAGCAUCAAGUUGCCAGGCCAGUACCUCCUGCAUGUUCAAGGAGAAUCAGGAAAAUGGGGAGGAAAAGUUUGGUAGCGAAGAUAGCUACGGUAACUUCGUGACUCCUGAAGAACUAGAGAGGCUGAGAGAGUUCAAGGUGCUGGAUGAAGUCAAGUCUAAUGAUGAGGACAGCAAUGAUGAAGAAUCUGAUAGCUCUGACGUUAAAGUGGUAGAUGUAUUCAAAGGUCUGCCAGAAGAAGAGAUUGAGAAGAUGCUGGAGGAAGACCUUCCGGAGGACUUCAAAGGUGCUCCCAAACAGAAGGAGAAAGCAUACAUAACAAGACAAACUACUGUUCUAGAAGAGAAGGGUGUGAACCACUUCGAAGUGCUCCCCCUGGACUGGAUCAUGGUGCGUCACAUCAGUGGGAUGCCCAUCUACAUGCACCGCACCACCAGGGUGUGCACGCUCUCCAAACCUUACUUCCUUGGAUCGGGCAAUACUCGGCGUCAUGAUAUACCGAUUAGCGCCAUACCAUGUUUCGCUUACCGCCGAGCUCUUGAAGAAGAAGAGAAGCAAAAAGAAAUUGACAAAAGGAUUGCAGAACAGAUCCGUACGGGUACUUGGGUCAUUAACACGCAGUCUUCAAAGAUAGACUACUGCGAUAACAGCCAGGAUAGUAGCACUGGUACAGCAAUGACUGGCGAUGCUUUGGAACUACAGUGUGAUAUUGAUAUGAAAGAAGACCCAAAACUUGAAGACUUCACUGCUGAUGUUACAACUGAUGAUGUACCACAAACAAAACCUGUUAAUGGACAAGGGAAUGUGAGUUUUGGCAAUAAUGAGGAGUUAGAAAAUCAGCCUGGAACAUCUACUGAUAAUAGGCAGAAUGGUGAGGGUACUAGUAACACAGACCUCGACCUACAGCGGAGACAGCCGGUAGUAUUGCCGGGAGGUAUAGUGAUGCCGCCGCCGCGGGUGGAGACUGUCAGCACCAGCUGGAAGACGCAGCAUCUCUCCGCUGAACAGAUCAAUGAAUACUGCCGACGCCUGUUCAAGUUUAAGACCGUUAAUAUCAUGCAUUUCAAACGUUGGGCUGAUCGCCGUAAAUAUACGAAGGCUAGGAAGACGCUCCAGUACCCCACGCUACCUGAAGGCACCAAGUUGAUCACUAUCCCUGCGCAACCAGCCAACACUGGGGACGAGAAUGCGGGCGGUGGUAAGACCACCAAGCGCGACUGGGUGAUGAAUAUGAACGGGCGCAGCUACCUGUCUGUGUUCCACGAGUACGUGCGCCGAGCUCUGCAGAAACAACCCGUCUAUGAGUUCAAACAACUUGAGAAUGCCUCAACCCCGUAUCAGGCGACGGUAUUCAUCGGCGGCAUGCAGUACGGAGUGGGGCACGGGUCCAGUAAGCGACAGGCCAAGUCUGCGGCCGCGCGAAACUCUAUACAUAUACUCAUACCCGAGAUGAAGGACGAGCUGGACGAGCACGCCCCUAACAAUGCGCCCAAUGAUGCUAACGAGCCUGACUUCACCUUUUUCGACUACGUGGGUAUUGAGGACCCGCGCAUCACGGAGUUCUGCGCGGCGACGUGCGAGCCCUCGCCACACGCCAUACUGCGCACCUGUCUGCUCAGGAACUUUGGAGCCGGGGACCGACACAUACAUACUGAGAUGAAGAAGCUGGAAUACCAGAAGAUCGAGCUGACGAUGAAGGUAGGCAAGCACACCGCCACCGUCAUCAGCAAGAACAAGAAGAUGGCCAAGCAGCGAGCUUCGCAAUCUAUCCUACAGGCACUGCACCCACACGUGCGCUCUUGGGGAUCAUUACUCCGUCUGUACGGCUCUCGCUCGGUCAAGAGCUGCAAGGAGAAGAAGCUGGAGGAACAACAGAUCACUCUGCUACAAGACAAGGCACGUCACAACGAGCCCAACUACGCCGUACUCGACAAACUGAGGAAUGAAAUGAGGAAAUUACGGGAGAGAGAUGAUGCCGUGGUCCCCAUCGGAACCUUACUAGUUCAUGAGGACCUCCCCACGCACUCAGGGUCUAAUCUGAAUAACGUCGAUCUGUGAUAGAAAUAUUCUACUAAUUCUAUGAUUUGUCCGAGUUUCAAACUGGUUCAGUUUCGUUACACAAAAUGUCGCCACGGAAUGCACGGGAUUUAUUUUAAUUUUUAGAUUUUCGUCUAUAGGAAAAUGUCAAAUAUUAUUAUUUUUAUUAAUUAAAAGUUACAUGAAAGUUGAGUAUAUACUUUCUGUACCUGUUUUCAUUAGUUUUAACUUUGAAACCAAUCAUAGGUAGAGUAGCUUUAAAUGCAAGUUAUUCGCAUAAGUAAAAGAUGCUCGAUAAUAAAAUAUAAUGUAUUUUUCUCUUGUAGAGGUUAUUAUACAAAUAUAUGAAGCCACUAAUCAUUUACGUGAGCUCCAAUGAUUAUUUCAGUAACUUCGAUGUUUGUAGUCAAGUAUAACUGUAUUUAUUCAAACUAGAAUAUAUUCCAGUCAAUAUUUUAUAGUAUGUACUUAACAUUUUAGGUAAAGAGUGGUAAUUUAACAAAUGAUAUAAACAAAAUCAGCUACUACCAAGUGUGUAGUAUAGAAUAUUAAAAUGUUGAUAUUGUGUUUGUUCAUCCGUAGUGUGCUGUACUAUGCUAGUCUAGCUACAAAUCAACAUUAUGUCUAGUUCACUAUUAAAUUAACUAAAAUCGCGGGUUAGCGGCGAUUAACUAAAAGCACAUCUUUAAUUACAAUAAUUAACUGUGUAACGGUUAUAAACAUUCAUCAAUUUUAAGUUUACACUUUAUAACUUUAUAUAAGUAUCGGAAAUUAGUGUUACAACGUAAACGAGCUUGUACGGCCGACUGGCGACAUGAGAGAAAGGUGAAGGAGGCGCGUGCCGUGCGACGGGCCGGUACACGGUAGGUAGUAUGCUCGCCAUGCUACAAAUGUUAUUUAUCAGGUAAAUUAUAUUUUUAUAGAACUUGUAUUGCAUUUAUAGUAUGCUUAGCAUUUAGCUCAGUAAAGUGACAUUUCUGUUUUCUAGGGUUAUAAUGUAAUCACAACAUGCAGACAUUUGAAGCCAUCUUCAGAAUUUUUUUUGUAAAAUAUAUUAAACAUAACAGGUAUGAGAAGUAA